AUGGAUGGUGAGGUGAACCAAGAUGUGAUCCGAGAAUUUAAAUUCAACAAAGGAAGUUCCGGGUCGGUCCUUUAUGGCAGGGUGGUCUCCAUCAAACGUGAAGACUCCACAAUUGAUUUAGCGUACGCAAUAUUUUCCUUGGAAUUUAAACUGUCACCAAAGAAAAUUGAGGAACGACGCAGAAAGAAGUUCCUUGGCCUAAUUACUUAUGGAUCCCAUACCGUUGUCCGCUUUGAAGAACGAAAUUUAUCAGUAAAGGAAAAAGAACAGAUUUUCGAUUUCUACCGCACCAAGGCUCUCAAGGGAUUUAAGAAAAAAUACCCUAGUCUAGCAGCUGAAGCUAGAAGUGAACUAUGA